UGCGGAGCCGCUGGUCCGGCGGGCGGGGAUGUAACCGCGGGCCCUGCCAGCCUGCCCCGGGCGUCGUGUCAGCUCCCUUGUCAGCACCGUCAGCCCACACCGAUGGCGGGGUCCGGCUGUGCGUGGGGCGCCGAGCCGCCGCGGUUUCUGGAGGCCUUCGGGCGGCUGUGGCAGGUACAGAGCCGCCUGGGUAGCGGCUCCUCGGCCUCGGUGUAUCGGGUGCGCUGCUGCGGCACCCCUGGCUCGCCCCCAGGCGCUCUCAAGCAGUUCUUGCCUCCAGGAACCACCGGGGCUGCGGCGUCGGCCGCGGAGUACGGUUUCCGCAAAGAGAGGGCGGCGCUGGAGCAGUUGCAGGGUCACAGGAACAUCGUGACUUUAUAUGGAGUCUUUACAAUCCACUUCUCUCCAAAUGUGCCAUCACGCUGUCUGUUACUUGAACUCCUGGAUGUCAGUGUUUCGGAAUUGCUUUUAUAUUCCAGUCACCAGGGUUGUUCCAUGUGGAUGAUACAGCAUUGUGCCAGAGAUGUUCUGGAGGCCCUUGCUUUUCUUCAUCAUGAGGGUUAUGUCCAUGCAGACCUCAAACCAAGAAACAUACUGUGGAGUGCAGAGAAUGAGUGUUUUAAACUCAUUGACUUUGGACUUAGCUUCAAAGAAGGCAAUCAGGAUGUAAAGUAUAUUCAGACAGACGGGUAUCGGGCUCCAGAAGCAGAAUUGCAAAAUUGCUUGGCCCAGGCUGGCCUGCAGAGUGACACAGAAUGUACCUCAGCUGUUGAUCUGUGGAGCCUAGGAAUCAUUUUACUGGAAAUGUUCUCAGGAAUGAAACUGAAACAUACAGUCAGAUCUCAGGAAUGGAAGGCAAACAGUUCUGCUAUUAUUGAUCACAUAUUUGCCAGUAAAGCAGUGGUGAAUGCCGCAAUUCCAGCCUAUCACCUAAGAGACCUUAUCAAAAGCAUGCUUCAUGAUGAUCCGAGCAGAAGGAUUCCUGCUGAAAUGGCACUGUGCAGCCCGUUCUUUAGCAUUCCUUUUGCCCCUCAUAUUGAAGAUCUGGUGAUGCUUCCUACUCCAGUGCUGAGGCUGCUGAAUGUGCUGGAUGAUGAUUAUCUUGAGAAUGAAGAGGAAUAUGAAGAUGUUGUAGAAGAUGUAAAAGAAGAGUGUCAAAAAUAUGGACCAGUAGUAUCUCUGCUUGUUCCAAAGGAGAAUCCUGGCAGAGGACAAGUCUUUGUUGAGUAUGCAAAUGCUGGUGAUUCCAAAGCUGCUCAGAAAUUACUGACUGGAAGGAUGUUUGAUGGGAAGUUUGUUGUGGCUACAUUCUACCCAUUGAGUGCCUACAAGAGGGGAUAUCUGUAUCAAACCUUGCUUUAAUUGGUAACCUAAGGACUAUUUCUUGUUUCUCCUCUUCCAUUUCCUGGAUCAUUGUAUUCUACAUCUGAAAGCAGGAGUACCCUUGUACCAUUUUAAAGGGUACUUUGUACAUUUAUUUAAUCCUACAAAUGUGCAGUCAUUGCCCUAGCAAUGUUGCAUUACAGACAUUUGGCACCGAGUAGGACAAGACCUCUCUGCUAUACAUUGAGGGGUUGUAGAGCAUCCAUGUGGGCAACCUUGUUUCGUGCAGUAGGGCAGGUGCUGCUCUUCCGUGUGUAACCUCCAAAGACAUUAUUAUUUCAUGUGAUCAUGAAGCAAAGAUGAAUAAUAUGUCAUAGUGAAUAUUAUUAACAAAUUUAAGGUUGGUGACAUCAAUUACAGAUUAUUCCCUUUUGUUGUCAGGUGGUUAUUAUUGUUGAAAUCCAUAACUGGCACUGGAUGCUCUCAGUAAUAUUAAGUAAUUGUCAAGCAGCAGUUACCUACUGUGUUCUUAACACUGAGUUGUGAAUUUUUUUAAAGGAGUACUGUAGUACCUAAUAUUCCUUUAAAGAAACUGCAGUGAGCCUAUCUGCAUUUUUAAAUUAUUAUUAAGGCUUUUAAAGUAGAAAGCUGAUGCUUGAUCUUGCACAAUUUUUAUGUCUAGUAUGUUUGCUUGAGUGAGUGUGCAGGUUGAAAGAUUAGAGAAAAUUUGAGUCAGUGUACUUUAUAAUGCGAAUCUUGUGAGCCAAUACAGUCUAUACCCAUCUCUUCCUUCCCUGUUUCACACCUGUAAGAUUGAAGAUAUAUGUAUUUUGAGAGUUGAUGUGUCUAAUAGAAUGUAAAUGAUGAAACAGUUCAUUCCUGAGAGCCUCCGAACAAACUGGAGAAGAGACCAGGGUUACACUGAAACUCUUCAAGUGGUUGGAACAAAGAAGCAGUUUUGGUACAUGUAAAUGAUCCCAUUCUUCAGUCUACUUUAGGACCUGGAUUGGCUCAUCUUUUUGUACUGAAUCUUCUAUGAUAAUUAUAAAAUUUCUCAAGAUGUGCUUCUACCUAUUAUGAUAGAAAAUUGAGAUAGAUUAAAAAAGUAGUUGUACAUUGAAGGGGAAAGAAAUAGGGCAAAGAGUAUCAUCAAGGAUCCUUGUUUUCUUCUUUGCUGUCUCUUGUGCCUCUCCCUCACCUGCCUUUCCCCUUCCCCUAUUCUCUGCCUCUGUCCUUAGCUGAAGAGAAGCCAGAGGAACAGCAUCCCAAGUGGUCUAGCUUUUGACUGUAUGGAAGUAAAGAAAGGUGUAGAUAUAAUAAGGUAGAAGUAGAAAGAAAAAAAAACUCAGUUCUUAAAAGGAUUCCUAGCAAUCCAAUGCGUCUGAGUAGAGAAUGCCAGUAUGCAUGAAUUUGUGGAUGCAGGUUGAUUACAUGGUUUUAAGAAUUCUUAGUAUGAAUCCUCACCAUAUAGUAGAUUGUUUUUAAAGUUAUAAAAGCAAGAAAUCUUUAUAAAGCACUGAUUAUACAAAAAGACAAGUUAUAUAUAUGUUAUGAAUUUUUUUUCCUAUUUCUUUACCUGAAUGAAAUUAUUUAUUUUUUCCUAAGGAAAAAGUCUUUUAUAUCUUUUCCUGCUGGAGCCUCCUCAUAGUCUUUGUGUGUGCCAUGCAGAUUACUGAGAGCCUGAUUAGAAUUUGCAUGUUCAAACAAUCACUGUUUUGACAUUUUAGUUAUUAUAAUAAUCAGAAUUGUUUAGGACUCUCCCUUAAUAUUUAUUAUGAAGCCAAAUUUGGUAUAAGGAGGCUGAUUUACGAAUUACCAAAGGGCCUUUAGCAUGGUCCCCAGUAUGUGCCCUUAGAAAGAAAAACUGUUAUUUUUUAUUUUGCCCUUUGAAGGGUUGGUUGGUUACUGGUUAAAUCAGAAUUCAAGAGAGUAGAACCAAUAUUUUGAAGACCUAAUCUUUCCAUAAAUAUUUAUAUUGGUAACUGCAUUUGUGGUAAUUAGAAAUAGCAGAUUCUUAUAUACCUACUGAUAAACACAAAAUAAAGGUGAAUUUUUUUAAGGGCAAGAAUUUGAGGUUAGCACAUGUAUUUCUUCUCCUGACUGAUAGGGAAAAGAGAGAGAAGCCCUUGAAAAUAAACUGCAGGUAGGCUUCUGAGCUUAGUCAUGCAGUAUGCUGCUAACAUUGAUGCUGCACUUCCCAGCAUUCUUUGAUCAUCAUCUUCUUGCAGAUGUAUUCAUACAUAUAUGUAGUGUGUAACACUGUAGAAUUUUAUUACAGAAGAUACUAACUAGAUUGUAAGGGAGCUGAGGGAGAACUGAUGAGCCUGAGUAACCAUGAUGGAGUUAAAUAUUUUAUAUUAAAGCCACAAAAUUGAAAAAAGAUGCCUAUGAUUUAAAUUGUCAUUUUAUAGCUUUUAUCCCAUUCUACCAAAGAUGACAUCUGCAGGUUCUUCCUCCUUUUUGUUAUUAUCAGAAGUUUAAUUUUAAUGUCUUUCUUAAACUGGAGCCAAAUAUUAUUAAAGAUGCAGUUUUUAUGAUUCUUCUAGGAUGGAAUAUUUACACAGGAAUUUUGAUUCCUUGAAAUUACUGAAAAACUAGAGAUUUUCUUGAGAGGCAGGGUAAAGAGGUGAGGGUUCAUAUCACUUAACUCCAACCAUUUGGGGCAAAUUUUAUCUCAGGUAGUUUAUUUUUCCCUAAAUUAUUAUCUGUGCUUUCUUCCCAAUUUCUUCCUUAUUGUUCCAUGGUAUUGCCAUGGUGUAUUCUGCCCCAGAAAAGGCAUAUAAAAUGAUUAUAGGAAAUUUGGUUUCUUUAGAAACAUGUCUUGAAGUAGACGUGAGCUAGCUACUAUCAGAAUUAUAGUGCUGUAUUUAGAAAAGAACAAGAAGAGUGAAACAGCUCAUUAAAGAUAGCAUUAGCUUAAAGUAAGUACAGUACUGGCUACAUUUUAAAGAAAUUGAAAUAGAUUGUCCUCUUGCAAGAAGAGAUCUUCAUUUAGUACCCCUGGGUAUCUUCCUUGUUGUUGGUCUUGGCCAGCAGCACAGUAGCUGUCUUCAAAGUAAUUCCUUUUCUGCUAUCUUGAGCCAAAAUUAUGGCUUCCUCUAGGACGAAAUCCAUACAUAUAGUCGUACUCAAACUUUUCUGUUUUGAGAGAAGUAUGGCUACUUUUUUGGUACUGCCACUGCUAAGGAGUGCUGAGAUACGUUAACCAGCUGGUGAUAGUGCUGCCAUGUAGAGGAAGUUGAAAAAAACCUGGGUGUAAUAUUUAUUUCUAUCUUAUUACACUGGACUUUUCCCCCAGUAAGGGCAUCAGUUUUCUGGAAUAAAUGAAAGGCAGAGGUAGAGCAGUCAUCAGGUUCUGUUUCUUGGCUCUUUUGAGUUCAUUAUUUUUUAUGAUGCAAUGAAAAUCAGCCCCAUAGUGACUGAUAGUAAUUAGAACAAUGGUUACUGGACAAGGGAGCUAAGGAGACAUUCCGUAAGAUACCAGACUCUCAUACAAGGGUAUAUGUAGGUGGCUUUAUUCAGAUUAGGGCACAGAUGGAAUCACAUGAUGACCUUUAGUCUGGUGGAUGUGUAGAUAAAAAUUUGAGCAAGUGCCUUGUUUUUCCUGGAAAAUAUUAAAACUUAUUUGGGAGAAACCUUCCCAGAUGAUGAUUAAUUGCACCUCUGCCUUUUUCUUGGAACAACUAUUGGAUUGAGUCACAUAAGAUAAAAGUCCAAAAUUUCCUUAGUGAUUUUUUUUGAAUGUGUAAAACUGUUCAUAUUUGAUUUUAUUCCAGUAUAAUGGAAGAGCCACUUAUUAGGCAGAAUAUAAUUCUGUGGAUCUAGUUCCAGUUCUGAUGUCAGGUUCCUUCCUCAUAUCUUACUCCUAUAGUUCUGUAGUAGCAUUUAUUUGUUAAGUUUAAUCACGUACAGACCAUUGCUUGGUAACAGCUCAAAAGAAUUUCAUUUCUUCUUAAGGUGCUCAGUAAAUCACCUUUAUUUUGAGAUAAGGCAUCUUUCAAGUUACCACCCACAGUAUCACUUAACUAGUUUUCUCAGUGAUAUGCACAUGUUAAGUUGCCAUCAUUUGGAGCUCCUCUGAGCCUCCUGUGGUAUAUUUAGUUUUUACAUGGUUAAUUAGGAACAUGGACAUUUUACUUUUUAGAGUACCCAGAAUUUUAAAAGAUUUGAUGUUGUUUCAGUUUAGCUUCUUUACCUGAUACCAUAUACAGGAUAUCAUGUUUAUAAUUCUGGGCACUUUCCCCCUACUUUAUGUUUUUCAUUGUUAUUUAAAUUUUAUGCUUACCAGUGACAUGCAGUUGACAAAUAUUAUGGAUGUUUAAGGAGGUUAAUAAUUUUAACUAUUUUUGCUGUAGUUUUAUAGGAUAAACAACUGUAAAAAUUUAUCUAUAAACCAGAGAGCAUUUAGGAAAUUUUAUAUUUUAUAGGUGGUUAUUAGGGUGAUCUUCAGGAUAUGAUACAGAGUUUACACAAACUUUGUUCUCUUGGUAUGAAGUUUGUAUUCAUUUUCCUAUCACUCAGCACUUUUGUUCUUUGUACUGCUUAUGGUGAUUAUUUUAAAUUUGCUUUAUUUGUGCUUUGCAGAGAAUUACAAUCAUGGCAGUUAUACUUCUGGUACCAUAAAUAGUGAAAUUCAUGGGAAAACUAUCCAACAGUUGCCUCAGUAUUAUUUCCCACUAAAUUGGCUAGCUGCCACGAUAACCUGAAAAAUAUUGAUGGCUCAAUUGAAAGCCAUUUAUGUUUUAUGGACUAAGUUCAUAGUAUUGUAAUUUAAAGGCAAAGAGAAGCAUCCUUACUUGCCUUAUAUGACCAUUAAUUUUUGUUUCACAGAAGAGAACUAAUUUUGUUAAACUAUUUUGUAUACUGACAAUGGCACAUUCUGGGGGAAAAAAAUUGAAUGGUUCAUUUUAUUUUUUGCUGCUUUUUGGAAAACCCUUAUAGUAAAAAUCAGAACUCCUUGCUACCAUCAGGUAUUGAUUGUCGAUGAGAAUUAUUUGUGGCCACUUUUUUUUUAAAUCCCAAGUUGAACUCUCCUUCCUGUUGUAGGUUACGUACCCUUAGUAAUAUUCAUGCUAUCAGGACAUGAGUGUAAAGAAAGCAAAUGUAUUGAGGUAUUCUGAAAUCAUGCAUGUAUGGACUCAAAAUCUCUUCAGUCAUUUGAAAUAUCUAUAGCUGUUUUACUUUAUUGGCAUGGGUUUUCAAAAGACUGCUAAGUUUAAUGAUGAGCAGAAAGAUUGGGGAUGAGAAGAAAAUGGCUCCCUUAUUGACAUUAGUAAUCUUCCACGUGGCUAAUGGUUUUAAAAUGUUUAUUUUUGAAGCUGCAGAUUUCAUACCUGUAGUAUAGAAACAUUGCCUUUCCUACACAUUCCUUAUUAUUUCCCAGAAAAUUGUUGUAAGAGUUUAUAAAACCAGAUUAAAUAUCCAUAUUUGAUUUAUCCAACUUUUAAGAGUAAAUAUUUGAAUUCCAGCUUUUGUAUAUUUGGUGUUCAUUGCCAUUCAUGUACAUCAAGGAUCAGAAAGAAACUGGAGGUUAACCAUGUUUCCCUUUGCACGUUGGGUGCAGUGGGUGGCAUUAGUAUGCACUAGCUACAAAGUUACUGCACCUUAUGGAACUAAGUAGGGUUUAUUUAUUGUAAUAAAAAGUUAAACUGCACUUCUAUAUAUUACUUACUUUGCAGAGUGUAAAGCCACAUCUUUUCCAGCAGGAUUUACUCUGUCAUUCUUAGCUCUUUUUUGAAAAAUCUUAAAUCAUGUAACAUUCCUUAAUAUCCUCUUAACAAUGUCAAAUCUGGGGUAGAAGGGAUUUUUCCCUCCAAAAGGGCUUCAGUUUUGCUAUGUUUUAGUCACUUAGAAAUCCAGUUAUGAUCAAUAAAUUCUAAGUUUAUGGCCUCUUGUGUCAGCACUGAAGUGGUGGGUUACAGUAUUGAAACCUACUACUCUUUUCCCUUACGAAUAUGUAAUUGUUGUGCUUUUGAUAAGAAGGUUUGGUUAGGAAAAAAAAUGUGAAAGGUCACUUAAACCAAAGCCAGUUAUAAGGAGUAUUUUCUCCUGUUGGUUUACCUUCACCUCAGAAUUAUAAGAACAUCACAAUACACAGUGAAUAGUUGUCUAUAACAUUUCUACCAGUUGUUUCAAUUGGUCUUGGCAUUUCUUGGCACUAUGGUUCUAUGUUCUUUGUGAUGUCUUAUUGUUUGUGAGGGUUUUUUUUUUUUUAAUACCUAAGUGGGACUGUAAGUGUAGAUAUGCGUCAGUACCAAGAAGUUCUGUUUUCAAAUCUCUAAAUUUCUGUUUUUCAACUUGUUUUUUUCUUGCUGAGUAGCAAAGGACUUAUAUUUUUCACUUUCCUAUAUAUCUAAAAGUAUGAACACUGCGUUUCAAUGGACUGUAUUGUGUACUUUUUGCUGAGAACUUUUUUCUGUAAACACAAUUGCCUUGUUCAGUUUUGUUGUAAACUGAUUUAUCAUAAGAUGCACUGUUGAUAUGCUUUCUGAUGUGUGUUUGAUAAGAGUGAUAAAAUAAAACUUAAAAAUAAAGAAA